AUGUCAGCAGAACCAAACGUCGAUUUCAAUAAUUCGCUUGUUGGCCGCCCGGCGGUAAUUGGGAUUUACGGUCUCCCAGGCUCCGGGAAAUCGUUCUUGCUGAACGCAUUGAGCCAAAUCCACAGGAACAACUACAUCUUCGUCGAGGGCUCAGAGGCAAUCUCCCGAAUGGUCCCGGCGGGCCUCGAGGCAUUCAAAACCCUCGAUGAAGCUCAAAAGCGCCCGAUCCGUGAGCUCGCCAUCAGCACUGUCGUGGCGGACUGCCUCAACGAUGGCAAGGCAGCAAUCGUUACCGGACACUUCAUGUUCUGGCCGGGCGCAGUCGACCAAGGGCACUCGGUGUGGACGCAGCAGGAUCGCAAGACUUACACCCAUAUCAUCUAUCUCCAACCCCCCGCCGAGGUGAUCCACGAGCGUUGCCUCAAUGACAACAGCAAAAGGCGCCCUGAGCUGUCGGUGGAGCAUCUGCGACGAUGGCAACAAGAGGAGGAGAUGCAGUUGAGGGCGACUUGCUACGAGAGUGGUAUUAUCUAUUAUGCUCUGAACCAAGACCCUGCAAUCCCGAAAGUCUCCAAGCUGCUUGAGACCUUUCUCCAUCGCCGUCAGGAGAGCCACAUCCUGCAAGCCGAAGCAAUGCUGGACAGCAUCAUCCGGUCUCAGGCAAGGCCAUUCGUCGCUGCGCUCGUUCUGGACGCCGACAAGACGUUGUCUGCGGCGGACGCGGGUCACUUAUUCUGGGAGCACGUCCAUCAACGCAACCCCGUCCCAGCGAAGAGAGACUACUUGACAGCUGUCUUCGGCGGGCCCCUGGGCUACACGAGUGCGGCAUUCCUCCAAAUCGCUCUGCUUUAUGAAGAGUCGGUUGAUCAAGGGACCUUCACCGAAACAUGUUCAGAUGUUGCGGCACAGAUAUCCUUGUAUCCCGACAUGGCAUCCCUUCUUCAGAAGUUGCGGAGCAGCGACAAGUGCGCCGCUGUGGUCGUGACUUGCGGCCUGCGUUUGGUGUGGGAGAAGGUGUUGGAACGACACGGCUUGCUUGACACGGUCAAGGUCAUCGGAGGAGGCCCCUUGACCGGUGUCUCUACUACUAGUGGCAGUAAUCAAGUUAUUACCGCCACAGUCAAGGCCAGGUUAGUUGCUCGUCUUCAGCGCCAUCACCUGUUUGUCGUCGCCGUGGGCGACAGCGUCCUGGAUUUAGCCAUGUUUGCCCAAGCCGACCGGGCAGUGGUCAUCGUAGGCGAAGAACGGACACGCAGCCGACGCAUGGAGAAGGAACUUGCCCAGGCCAUCCGCGAGGGCCGCUUUUCGGCACAUCAAGCCAUCCUCGCACGCGAUACUCCUCCCCGCCUGAAUACCGCCGCUUUGCCUUUGGUGCACCUGAGCGACCCUGACUUCCUCAACUCCGUCCUCCCUGGAUACUCUGUUCCCGUGCUGAAUAUCAUUCAGCUCACCGAGAUGCGAUCCUCGAAAAUUCUGGCCACGGCCAUGCGCGACGCGGCCAGCAGCGGGCCGUUGCUUCGUGAAGCUCAUCAACGAGCAGCUAAGUACCUGGCUCUGCACACACUGCCAGACCUACUUGGCGUCGAAGAGUAUAUGAUUUCUCAUGUACAAGGACAUCAAGUUCCCGGAAUCCGCAUUGCAGAGCAAGAGAGAACGCUGGUUGUGGCGCUGAUGCGUGGCGGCGAGCCCAUGGCCUUAGGGGUCAAUGAUAUUCUUCCGGCGGCAUCUUUUCUACACGCAAAUCGGCCUGAUGACCUUCAACCAAAACACGUGGCCGAAAUGUCGACCGUCAUUCUGGUCGAUUCGGUGGUGAAUAGUGGCCGGACAGUCAUCGAUUUCGUCUGUCGCUUGAAGACUCUGUGCAAAGCAGUGCGUAUCGUCAUCAUCGCCGGGGUUGUGCAAAAUGCGGCGAUCGCAAAAAUCGAGGACUUGAAGGACAUGAUGCGAGGUCAGCAAAUCACCCUGGUCACCCUUCGGUUGUCGGAAAACAAGUUCACGGGCCGCGGCGGCACGGACACGGGGAAUCGUCUAUACAACACGACUAGACUGUUGUAG